GGUCGAGUCUCAGCGGUAGAUCCGUGAACCAAGAAAUAAGCGGCUGAAUUUUAUAGUUCACCGGGACCGAGAGAAACACGCGGGAAUAUACGUUUUAUGGCGCAUUUCAUAGUCACCUCAACUCGCUUUCUCAUCGGAGAGGGAUGCAAUGGCUUUAAGCGUUUUGCUGAUUCCAGACAGUCUAAUUGGAACUCUCUAUGUAAAUGAUCCCUAACAAAAGGAAUCUGUCAUUUCAAAUAAGUGUAUGUUCGCACACAACGGUCAGAUAUUUCAUCGCCAUUGACCUCCUUAAGGACAUUGAAAUAUGGCUGGACAUUGGUGACCUUAUGUACUGAACAAACUAAUAAACAACAGUGGGGUGUAAACAUCACAUCCUGAAUACCAAAGACUCCUGGAAUAUAAACAUCUUAAAAUACGAAGCUGUAGCCAUGGAAACCAAAUGUAAAGUCCAAUGGAAACAAGUAUCCAUGGUAACCACAAACUCUGUCUGGCUCUUGUCUUCGACCAUAUGGAUUUUUUUGGCUGGAGUUGUGCAAGCAACCGUGGUGAAUGAAGAUGACAUCACAGCACGCAUCAGUUUCUCAUACAAUGCAGAAGGACGACCGUUGAGAGAGUUCUCAGUGGAGGGUGUAUAUAACUACUCAACACUUCUGCUGAGCCCAGAUGAGGGCAAGUUGUAUGUGGGAGCCAAGGAGAACAUAUUUUCUCUCAGCCUGGACGACAUCAGUGCAACGUAUCUUCAGAGAACUCUCUCAUGGAACACACCUGAAAGAAAAAGGACAGAAUGCAGCUUUAAGGGAAAGGACCCUCAGACGGACUGUUUCAAUUACAUCAAGAUUUUACUUCAUUUGAAUAGCACACAUCUGUAUGUGUGUGGAACAUAUGCCUUCAGCCCCACGUGUGCUUACAUUAACAUUUUGAAUUUCUCUCUGGAGAGAGGUGAACUGGCUGAAGAUGUUUUGGAGGAUGGCCGUGGACGUUGCCCUUUUAAUCCAGAAUACAGAUCUACAGCUAUUAUAGUUGGCGGGGAGCUGUACACUGCUACUGUCAGUAACUUCCAGGGAAAUGAACCCACCAUAUAUAGGAGUCUAGGGUCUGGCACUCCUCUAAAAACAGAAAACUCUCUCAACUGGCUCCAGGAUCCAGCGUUUGUAGGUUCUGCUCAUAUUUUGGGUUCAGAUGAGGGAGGUUAUGAUCAGAUCUACUUUUUCUUCAGUGAGAUGGGGAAGGAGUUCGACUUUUUUGAUAACACCAUAGUGUCCAGGAUUGCACGUGUGUGUAAGGAGGAUCAGGGUGGAGAGAGAGUGUUGCAGAAGAAGUGGACCACAUUUUUGAAAGCCCAGCUCUUGUGUUCGCUACCAGACGAUGGCUUUCCGUUUAACAUCAUACAGGAUGUGUAUGUGCUUCCAGCUCAAAAGCAGGGAGACACACUCCUCUAUGCAGUCUUUACUUCUCAGUGGAGCAAGGGUCUGGCAGGCAGUUCAGCCGUGUGUGUUUUCAGCAUGGAUCUAGUAGAGCAAACAUUUAAUGGCCGUUACAAAGAGGUCAAUCGAGAGACACAGCAAUGGUACACACACACACUCUCCGUACCUGAACCACGACCUGGAAUGUGUAUUACUAAUGCUUCAAGGCAGAUGGGAAUAGAGUCGUCCCUGGAUAUGCCAGAUAAGGUGCUAAACUUUGUGAAAGAUCACUUCCUGAUGGACAGCCCGAUUAAAAGUCAGCCUGUGCUCUUCACACACACUGUACGCUACACUCAAAUUGUUGUGCACCAUGUACAAGGCCUCCACAGGGCUUACGAUGUGAUGUUUAUCGGCACGGACGAUGGACGUUUGCAAAAGGCUGUGAAUGUGGCUGGUACGAUGCACAUCAUUGAGGAGAUCAGUCUGUUUCUAGAGCCACAACCAGUACAACAUAUAGAGCUGGACUCAACAAAGGGUUUGUUAUUUGUGUCGUCACACUCUGGCAUUGUGCAGCUGCCAGUAGCAAACUGCAGUUUCCAUAACAACUGUGGGGAGUGUAUUUUAGCCAAAGACCCAUACUGUGCCUGGACAGGCACACAUUGCACUGAUGUCACAGGAACCCCAAAACAAAAACAUUGGCAGCAGGAUAUAGAGACGGCAGACACCAUAUCAAAAUGUAACGGCACACUGUUUCAUACUGACUCCAAGAUCACAGUGUUACCACGUUCUUUCCCAAGUGCACGGUCAUCUGACUGCCAGCUCAUUGUCGUCCCUGUGAACACUCUUCGUUUGCUGCCCUGCAAGCUUCGCUCCAACCACGCCCACAGAAAAUGGCUGUACAAACCAGAUGUUAGUCACUUCCUGUUUCGGAGCCCAGAUGGUGGAUUGGUAGUCAGUGGCCGAGCGGGAUGUGAGGAGAUCUUCUCUUGUUGGUCCGAGGAGAGUGGCUUCCGGCAACUCUUGGCCAAUUACUGUGUGAGAGCAGAACCUUUGUCUGAGAUGACCACCAAUUUAGGACGGAUAGACGAACCUUUUAUAAUUAAGGGCAUAUCUUCAGACAUCCUGUCCGGUGAAUCGGCGCGCUCUGCUCAACAGCGCGUAAAGACGUAUGGCACGGAGCUGGCGGUGGUGUGUGUGCUGUUAGCCAUGUGCGUGCUUUCGUUUGGCCUGUCUCUGGCGUACAGACAGAGGGGCCGGAUGAAGGAGAUGCUAAGGGGGGGAGAGCAAACUGGAGGAGCCCAGAAAAGCCCAGUCAGGCCUGGGGAGAGUUUACCCCUGAAUGGUGGUGUGCUUCCAACCUCCCCAUCAGACCACAAAAGCUACCAGACAUUGGAGGAAAACUGUGGCUACAUAAUCUCUCCACCAGAGACUUCCUGCACAAACACAUUACCGCAGCAGAACUCAGUGGAAGCACAGAUGCUCGCCCAAACACCACAGAAUGGGUUUAAAGACAGUCAUGUGGAGAUAAGUGACAUUUCCCCUCGCCCACGGGUCCGUUUGGGUUCAGAGAUCAGAGACUCUGUGGUAUAAAUAGGUGCAU